UGAGACUGAUUCUGGCCGACCACUAUAAAAGUCCACUGCAACCUACACUCAUCCUCUACAACCUUCUCACAGUCUACCGGCUAAAGCAACAACUCGAACCACAACCAUGAACCAAGUUCUUUUCGUCAGUUUCUGCGCCCUGCUGGGUCUUAGCCAAGCUGCGACUCUGUCCAGCGGCAAGAUCGUAGGCGGAUUCCAGAUCGACAUCGCCGAAGUUCCGCAUCAGGUGUCCCUGCAACGUGGCGGGCAUCAUUUCUGCGGAGGGUCCAUCAUCUCGCCGCGAUGGGUACUGACGGCAGCGCACUGUACCGUCAAUACGGAUCCGGCCGUCUACACCAUCCGAGCUGGCUCGACGGAUCGUACCGACGGAGGAGUGGUCGUCAAUGUCAUUUCGGUGAAUCCACACCCGGAGUAUGACGGCGACAGUUACAAUUAUGACUUCUCGCUGCUCGAGCUGGCCGAAAGUGUUGGAUUUAGUCGUUCGAUCGAUGCGGUUGCUUUGCCGGAAGCCGACGAAACGGUGGAGGACGGUGUGAUGUGCACGGUUUCUGGCUGGGGAGAAACCCAGAACAUUUUGGAGUUCAACCGGCUGUUGCGUGCUGUGAACGUACCUUCGUACAACCAGAAAAAGUGCGCCAAGGCGCUGGCUAAGGUCGUUCCGAUAACGGAGCAAAUGAUCUGCGCUGGUUAUGCCGCAGGCGGUAAGGACUCCUGCCAGGGAGACUCCGGUGGCCCACUGGUUGCCGAUGGAAAGCUGAUCGGAGUUGUGUCGUGGGGAAAGGGCUGCGCUUUGCCGAAACUGCCGGGGGUGUACGCUCGGGUGUCCUCUGUUCGCGAUUGGAUCCGAGAGGUUUCCGAGGUUUAGGAUGUUCAAAAUGACGAAAUAAAACAAUUGAACAAUGUUUGAUUGGAAA